AUGGCGUCAUUCGUUAUUCAACCGCCGGACGCCUUCAACUUUUCGUCGCCGAACGAGUGGACGAAGUGGAAACAGCGUUUUGAACGUUUCCGAACCUCUUCAGGCUUGUCCGUGAAGCCCGAGCAACAUCAAGUAGACGCCCUACUCUACAUCAUGGGUGAGCAAGCCGAGGAAAUCUACGCCACCUUCGCUUUAUCUGAAGAGAACUCCAAGAAAUUCGACGCCGUCGUGGAGCAGUUCGACAAGUAUUUUAUUCCGCGACGCAACGUAAUCUUCGAACGAGCCAGAUUCAACACCAGACUGCAAAAAGAUGGUGAGUCGGCCGAAGAUUUCGUCACUGCGCUUCACACGCUUUCGAAAGAUUGCGAGUUCGGUGCUCUUCGAGAGGAGUUCGUGCGCGACCGCCUCGUGGUUGGGAUAAAAGACAAGCAGCUAUCCGCCAGGUUACAGCUCGACGCAGGGCUCACACUACAAAAGGCUCUCGAUUCCGUCCGCCAGAUCGAGAGUGUCCGUCAGCAACAAGCGGAGCUCCACCAGGAACUGCCAUCUUUGAACAAAGUUGCAUCCGCAACAGUCUUGGUUCAAGGCCAGCCAGUAGACUUCAAAAUUGACACUGGUGCCGACGAAACCGUCCUCCCGACGCACGUAUUCCAGACGCUCAAGGACAGGCCGCUUCUAUCAGCUCCUGCUCGUCAGCUGCAUGGCCCAGAUGGAAAGCUUCUUCCAGCAGCAGGAGUGGCACAACUCCAGCUCGUCUACCGCAACCACGCGACUACUCAGGAUAUAUACGUCCUAGAUCAGAUCUGCACUCCGUUGCUAGGCAAGCCAGCCAUCAAAAAGCUACAGAUGCUGACCUUCGUAAACGCCACUGCCGACAAAGUGAACCCGAAAGAAGAAUUUCCAGCGGUGUUCCAAUGA